AUUGCGCAUGCGCGGCUCACAUCGGCUGUUAAAGCUGACAGGACACGGACUGAGACGUUAACAAACGUAUUUGGAGAUGUUUUGGUUUCAGGGCUCCAUUCCUGACGCCAUCAGUUCUGCUAAACGGCACAGUUUAAUCUUUGCCGUUGUCAUUGCAGGUGAAGAUGAGCAGUCGGCCCAGCUCAUGUCCAGCUGGGAGGACGAGCGCGUCUCCGAGACGGCGCACAGAUGUUGUGUUGCCAUCAAAGUUGAUGCCAAGAGUGACACGUGCGUGCAGUUCUCCCAGAUCUACCCCGUGGUCUGCAUACCCUCCAGCUUCUUCAUCGGAGACAACGGGAUUCCUCUGGAGGUCGUAGCUGGGUCCGUGUCUCCUGACGAGCUGCUGAAGAGGAUCAACAAAGUCCAGCAGAUGCACAUUCAGGAACAUGGCGGUGCUGGAACGGUACCAGAACCUUGUGGUCCCGUGGAGUCUGCCCCACCUGCUCCAGUCCUAGCCUCAGCUCGUGAAGAGUCCGUCGGGUCAGAAGCUGCAGCCAGCGAGCCUGGAACAGAACCACACAUGGAUAAAGGAUCCAUCUCGAGUUCUGUGGAUGAUGACAAGUUUUCAGCCACUCGGUGUGCUUCAGAUCAGGCCGCUGAGGCUGAAGGAAACCUGGACUCUAAGGUAGAGAGAUUCACAAAGAAACUGGAAGAGAAACGAGAACAAAGGAAGAAAGGAGAAGAGGAGAACGAAAUCACAAAAGAGAUGGAGCGCAGGAAGAUGGGGAAGAACUUACAAGACUUGAAGAAGAAACAGGAAGAGGAGAACAACAAGCGGCUGUUGGAGGAGAGGAACAGAGAGAAGGCAGAGGAGAAGGCAGCCAGGGAGCGUGUCAGGCAGCAGAUCGCCAUGGACCGGGCCGACAGAGCAGCCCGCUACGCCCAAACUCAGGAGGGGGAGAAGGUGGCCAAGCAGGCCCUCCUGCAGUCCAGACAGGCAGAGCAGGAGGUGCAUAAGGAGGCUGUCCUCAGAGAGAGGAGUACCGUUGCAAGGAUACAGUUCCGCCUCCCAGAUGGGACGUCCUUCACCAACCAGUUCUCCCCACAGAGCAGAUUACAGGAGGCCUGGGACUUUGCUGCUGAGAGAGUGGGAAAUCGUUACGGGCACUUCGCUUUAGCGACCAUGUUUCCUCGGCGAGAGUUCACCAACGAAGACCUGAACCAGUCUCUGCUGGACCUGGAACUGACACCGAGUUCUUCCGUCGUGCUCCUGCCACAGUCGAGCCGGCCUGCUAACUCCGUGGUCCGGUCCUCUGGAGGUGGUGUUUGGGCCACACUGGGAACGCUCCUCUACCCUUUGUUAGCUGUGUGGAGGUUCCUCAGCUCCUUCUUUGCAGCCCCGACCUCCUCUGCAGAAACAUCCAGAACCCCUGGGCAGAAUUUCAGCUCCCACACCAGCUCCAGUUCAUCCUCAACCACAAAUAAGAGAGAUAUCCCCUCAAAGCACACUUUGGAGAAUCGGCCGAGGGACUUCAAGAAGGACGGUAAAAUCUGCCGGCUUCGGACUCAGGAUGACAGCGAGGACGACAACAACACCUGGAACGGGAACUCCACCCAACAGAUGUAGCUGACUGAGCAGGACCAGGAGCUCCUGCCUCACCUGGAUCGUUAUCAUGUUUAUCUAACGAGCUUCUAAUGAAUUUAAAGCUGAUGUUUGUGAUUCCUUUUCCACCUGCGGUGGUCAGUCUCUGCACCCAGACUGGACGGUGAGGUUGAGAACUUCUUUUAAAUUUAAUCUGAGUGUCUGUGUUGGUUCUGUCUCCUGGAUCGGGAUCGUAUUGGAGCAUCCUUCAGCUGUUCCAUCAUGGCGCUGCGUUUGGACCUGACAGGAGUUCUGAUGAUUACUCUAGAAUGAAACGGUUCUUUUUAACGUGUCAAAUGUUUGGUAUCGUAGCUGCCAGAGGGCCGUGCGUGUGCUGGUGUUGGAGGUCAAGGCACCAACCUACAACACGCACGUCGGAUGUUUUCUUCAUUAAAGCUGCAUCUGUAGUUUUCUUCAUUCAGCAAUAACAAAUAAAACAUUUUGUUUCCAAAAACCUCA